CAGGGAGGAAGUUGGCUGGACUGAGGGAAGGGUAUGUAGCUCAGACCAAAACCCCUCAUGUAAGUAUUAGGAGCUCCUAACUUCCUUGCCUCCCUGGACUAUAGCCUGCUUCUGCCUAGGGUUCCCUCAAACCUGGAACUGAGAGAUGCAGCAAACCCAGUCUGGACCCUGUGGACACCUUCAGGGAGCCCAAACAUCUCACAGGAGAGGUUACUUUAAUUGGACCAGCUGCAUCACCCUCCACCCCAAUUUUGCAAGUGGAGCUCCCUAAGCAAGGACAGAGCGCCACCUGCUGAACCUCCCAAAUGCAUGACUAGCUCUGGCAAUGCGUACAUCAACCUCAUCAUCAAUGUGGACAUCCUUGGAGAGUAUCCUGCCAAGGCUCAUUCCAGGGUCUCAGCUUCUUCUGUACGUACAUGGAGAGAUCAAUGACUGUGCUUCAGAUAUUCCUCUAUCACCCUAACCAAGACAAAGGGAUCUUUGGAGACAUCCCUCAUCACCUGGAGCACGACACUACCCAUCUAGUCAUCGGGAGAGGCCAGAAUGCCCAUCUCAAAUUUGGGCUUCCUGGCAUCUCUCGCCACCAUAUAUCCCUGGAGCCCUAUCUGGAGAAGGGAAAUGGCUGCCUGACAUUCUGUCUGAAGAUCCUGAGCAGAAGUGGCAGUGUGUGGGUGAAUGGACAGACCUUGAAAUACCUGGAGCAAGUCCCACUGAUGGUAGUUAGCAAGGUCAUAUUUUCUGGAGUCCAGAUGGUUAUUCAUAUUGAGGGCGGUGCUUCUCUAGAGAAGUUUGCCUGCUGUAUCCAUUUCAGUGGCUCACCCCUGAUUUACAGGGCAAAGGCAGAAGAGACGGAUGAGUUUGAAGCCAUCCAAGAGGACCCAGAGCUCCCACAGGAGACCAGGGAGUUGAAUUAAUUCCAGUAUUUGUGGAGUUUUGACUUGAAUCUUUAGUAUCUCAAGACAACCUUUCCCCCAGUAGAGCUGGACAAGGAGGAGAAACAGAAAUAUAGCCCACAAGGGAGUUUUAGGACAGUAAGUUUCACUAGCCCACUGGGUGAAAAGAACUCCCUUGCUGAUUAAAAGAACUUAAGAUAUUAAAACGAGUUCCCUAGAGUCUAACACGGCAUGGCCUGCUGGCCCAGCUCUAAUAAUGAGCUAAUUCUAGAAGGAAUAAAAUGUCUUAAAUGGUUACAUCUAUGGAAGGUAACUGUAUAACCUCAUAUAUUUUUAAAGGCCCUGUGGGGCCUCCAAGAUGGGGGAAACUAUGUGUAAGCAUGUCUUCAUAUAUGGUGUUUGAUUUUUCCCCCCUAUAUCACCCUCUUGCUUAAAUGUGGGUUAUUUUAUGUUGUUAAUUUUGUGUUCUGUCUCCAGUGUGGUAGAUUUAAGUUACUGAAGGAAUGUACCAACAUAUGUAGCAAUUAUGUUUGUGGUGAUAUGAAGUUACCUAUGACUUUUAAAUCCUCAUACGCACUUAAGGCUUAUGAAAGUCUGUAUUUAAUAAAAAUAUAUGUAUUUCAUUAAGUAGGCAUAUUUAAUAGAAUUUUCUGCUCUUCAACUGCAUCAAAUGUACCUCUGUGUUAUCAUCCAGAGAAAGGGAAAUGAAAUAAAAAAGGCAUUAAGUGUAAUGGAAGAGACUGAUUCUAGCGUAGUAGACAGAACCCUGCACAAGGAAUCAGGGGACCUGACCUCUCUAGUUCUUAUUGCAGCCAACUCCCUCUGACCUUGGGUAUGACCCCUCAGUUCUUUCAUCUAAAUGAGGGAGUUAGACUAAAUCUUCUCCCUCUUAGUUUCAGUAAUAGAUGACUUUUCAUAUCUAUAUUUCUCCCUUUGAAAAGCCAGAGACAGAAAUCAAAGGUUCAUGAUUCUGGAGCUAGAAGACAAAUCAAAAGUCAUGUCUUCUAACUCGUUCAUUUUACAGAUGAGGAAACUAAGGUCUGAAAGGGCUAAUGACCUGCCCAAGGUCACCUUAAACAAGACAGUGAGUGAUCUCAAUUAGAAACAAAAUCAAGGAAUCUUAAAGUCCAAGUGGACUUCAGAAGCCAUUUAGCUCAACCUUUCCAUCAUUUAUAUGAUAAGUAUUUAUUAAGCAUCUCUAUGCAAACGUGGUUUACUUUUUUGUUUUGUUUUGUUUUGGUUUUUUGUGGGGCAAUGAGGGUUAAGUGACUUGCCCAGGGUCACACAGCUAGUAAGUGUCAAGUGUCUGAGGCCGGAUUUGAACUCAGGUCCUCCUGAAUCCAGGGCCGGUAUUCUAUCCACUGCGCCACCUAGCUGCCCCAAGUGGUUUACUUUUACUGAGCUCCCUGAAGAGCAGGGACUGGCUUUUGAAUUUUUUGUGCUUAACACAGUGUCUGAUACAUAAUAGGUGCUUAAUAAAUGCUUAUUUACUAUUUACUAUAGACUAGGACUUAAGGACAGAAAGGCAAAACCAAGUCCCACCCUUCAAGACCUUACAUUGUACUGGGGAAAACAAUAUAAGAUAUAUGCAAAAUGAAUACAGAGUAAUUUUCAUGCAUGGAAGAAACUAAUAGACAAUUUUAUAAGUUGCUGUGGCCCAAAAAGUUUAUCGUGCUAUGUAUGGUCAGGCUUCUUUCUGUGAGUCUUUCUAAACUGAGCUAGGUUGGAUCUUGAAUGACAAUCAUCCAGUUCAACCUGAAGCCCAUCCUGAAGUGUUUCCAGCUCGGGAGGACUUGUGAGAGUACACCAUCCACUUGUUAAGGGCUAAAAUUCUAGCUAGUCUGUCUAAAAUAUCUAAUGAGUGGUCGCCAAUCAAUUACAAGCUUUAGCAAGAGUUAGACUUUUAAGCAUUUAUU